GGAGGAGGAGGAGGCUAUAAAACCCGCGGGCAUUUGCCUUUCUAGCUUUCCAUCGAAUUCAACGAGCAGAUCGAGCACUUGAGCAAGCUAAGUUGACAAGGAAGGAUCGAUCGCGUCCAUGGAGCAGCAUUACACCUCCUUCUACAGCAGCUACCCAGCUGCUCCAGCUGUUGGUAGCAGCAGCAGCAGCUUGUUGCAUAGCUGCGGCGCAACCACCACGUCGCCGGCCGCCUCGCACCCCUGCUUGGACACCUGCGGAGACAUGCAGCACAUGCUCGACGCCCUCAUUCUCGACAUGGAGUUGGAGGACUCCGAGGCGUCCUCUUCCGACUCCUCCUCUUCCUCUUCCGCCGACGACAAGCACCGGCACCGGCACCGGCAGGACGCCAAGACGACGACCAAGCCCUUCAUCGGCGUGCGCAAGCGCCCCUGGGGCAAGUUCGCCGCCGAGAUCCGGGACUCCACGCGCAAGGGAGCCCGCGUGUGGCUCGGCACCUUCGACAGCCCCGAGGCCGCCGCGCUCGCCUACGACCAGGCCGCCUUCUCCGUGCGCGGCACCUCCGCCAUCCUCAACUUCCCCGUCGACCGCGUCCAGGACUCGCUCCGCGCGCUCGCGCUCUCCUCCGCCGCAGGCGGAUCCCCUGUCCUCGCACUCAAGCGCCGGCACUCCAUACGCAAGCGCUCCCCAAACAAGAACAAGAAGCCUCCUCCACAGCUGCCGCCCCCCCUUCAAUGCUCCGGCGGCGUGGUGGAGCUGGAGGACCUGGGCGCCGAUUACCUGGAGGAGCUCCUCCGGGUAUCCUCCGAGUUGGACUAGAAUUAUAUAUACAGAUUAGUUCACCUCCCAUGGGCGGAUUACAGUUACACUAGUGCUGAUCAUGUCGUCCAGAUCGAGCUUCUCGGAUUCAUUCAAUCCAAUUUGUCGCUCAGUCUCAGCUGCUUCCAUUUUUCCUCCGAUCCGACAAUUUUACUUCUUCUACUGUUUUUACUUGUAGAACUAGCGUGCAUGGUAGCCAUGGAUGAAUGAAUGAAUAAUCAUUUAAGGGCCUUUUUUCCUA